UACCUUUAUAAGCAGGUUGUGUGUCACCUGAUGGACAGCAUCGUAGAUUCUCUGAGCAAUGCAUAUCAGGAGUUUGUUGCUGCUGUAGCUGGUGUACUUGAAGCCAAGGAGGCUUCUGGUGUCCAGGAGACAGGAGCCACAGAUGCUGCAUUAGAGAACUUUAAGCAGCGAUGGGAAUUGUUUAGAGUAGCUUGUGAUCAAGCAGAGGAGUUUGUGGAGUCUGCAAAGCAACGGAUAGGCUCAGAAUGCCUGGUGGAUGAGGCAACUGGUGCAGUGGCAGGGAGGACCGGACAGGGUACCAGUUCUGGUCUUCCACCUAUUAGUGCUGUUCGGUUGGAACAGAUGAGUAAAGCAGUCCGGUGGCUUGUUAUUGAACUGCAACAUGGUUCUGGAGCUUCCAGUGGUCAUGCUCAUUCUCCUGUUCCUUUUGACACCAGAUUCUCAGAAGAUGCUCCUCAAUAGGAAUGAAUUGAUUUUAUUCGGGUUUGAAGAAUACUUGAGCAUGGACUUAUGAUACAUGAUAUGAUGUGGAAAACAGAUAUACUAGGUGGAUAAUGUGGAAAAAUCCUGACUUUCAAUGGGAUAGGAAAUCCUUUGGAUUGGUUAGUGGUUGUCAA